AUUUCUACGGAUGGCUCCGAAACUGCUUCUGGAUGGAGGUUUGGCAACAGAACUUGAAAGGAAAGGUUUUGACUUGAGUAUUGGAAAACUAUGGUCUGCAAGACUAUUGGAUGAGUGUCCUGAACUUAUCGAACAAGUACAUCUUUCCUAUUUGGAAGCAGGAGCAAACAUAAUAACCAGUUCCAGUUAUCAGGCUUCUUUCGAUGGCUUUUUGGAAGAAGGUUACAGUUUAUCUGAAGCAAAAGAGUUGAUGAUUCGUAGUGUUCAGUUAUGUAAACGAGCACGUUCAACCUUUCAAAACUUUAGUCCGUCUGCCACAGAUUGCUAUGUUGCAGCUUCCUGUGGUCCUUAUGGUGCUUAUCUUGCUGAUGGUUCAGAAUAUAGAGGUUGUUAUGGUGUAUCUAAAGAGCGACUUUUAUCAUUUCAUUCAAGUCGCCUUGAGGUUCUUGUGGCACAAGACCCAGAUUUUAUUGCUUUUGAAACAAUUCCUGAUAUAGAAGAAGCACAAGCGAUUAUUGAGUUGAUGACUAGAAAGUAUUUUUAUAUUCCUUUUUGGAUAAGUAUACAAUGUCGCAAUGAGACGGAAAUGGCUUGUGGCACAUCUAUAGAGACUAUUGUACCAUUCUUGUGUAGUACGACCAAUUGUUUUGCUAUUGGUGUGAAUUGUGUGCCUCCUCAAUAUAUAUCUUCUUUGAUAAGCAUCAUCCGUAACCAAUUGUUGAGAUUAUCUUUAUCUACUUUUAUUAUUGCGUAUCCUAAUUCUGGAGAAGUCUACAAUCCUUUAAAGAAAGAUUGGAAUCAGGAAAUGAAGAACAGUAUACAAAGUUGGGUUGAUUAUAUGCUUGACUGUGAUGCAGAUGUAGUUGGUGGUUGUUGUCGUACAACACCUUUACAUAUCCAGUUGUUGAAGAAUCAAAUAUGUCCAUCAACAAAUUCUUCUUAAAACUGCCUUUUCGUUUGAGAACUUUUCAAAGAUACCUUCGAAAUGUUUUAAAUUCACCAAAAGAGCGAUUGAAAGAAAAAUGCUAAAUGAUUA